CUGAAUUACAAACUUAUUGUACAUUCAUAGGCCACAAUCAAAACCCUCAUCUCUUCUGUCUUUGUAGGAACUACGCAGCCCUGAAUUCUCUUAUAUUACAUGUAUCAGUCCAAAUAUGGCUCAUGUCCACGCUCCUUAUAAAGAAGAAAGCUACAAGCCUUCUUCUUCUUGGUCUAUUCAUGAUCAUAACUCUGCUAUUAAUCUGUUGAGUUCUACGACUUCCAUGGAGAAGAAUGUUCGCAUUAGUUCGAGUUUUGUAUGGAUGGCUGCAUUGAAGGUACAAAAAGUAUAUAGAAGUUACCGCACUCGCCGUAGGUUAGCAGAUUCUGCCAUCAUUGCCAAAAAGCUCUGGUGGCAAGCCAUUGAUUAUGCUCAACUGAACCACAAUACCAUAUCUUUCUUCAACUUGAAACCAGACAAAGCAGCCUCUCGUUGGAGUCGAGUUAGCUCGAAUGCUUCAAAGCUCGGAAAAGGUGUAUCAGAGGACGCUAGAUUUUUGUUAUUAGCUUUUCAACACUGGAUUGAAGCUAUUGAUCCGCGGCACCGGUAUGGGCAUUGCCUGCACUUGUACUAUGAAGUGUGGCGAAAAGGAGAUACUGGCCAACCAUUCUUCUACUGGUUGGACAUUGGAGAUGGCAAAGAGGUUAACCUCAAAGACUGCCCUCGGUCAAAGCUUCGACAGCAAUGCAUUAAAUAUCUGGGGCCUCUAGAGAGAGAACACUAUGAAUACAAAAUUGUUGAAGGCAAAAUCGUGCACAAAAAAAGUAAUCAACUUCUGGAUACAACUAAUGAAUCAGACAAAUCGAAAUGGAUUUUCGUAAUGAGUACUUCCAAGAAACUCUACGCUGGCAAGAAAACAAAGGGAGCAUUUCAUCAUUCGAGUUUCCUUGCCGGUGGGGCUGCUUUAUCUGCCGGGAGUUUUACAGUUGUAGAUGGAAUACUCAAGUCGAUCUCUGCAUAUAGUGGCCAUUACCGUCCAACUGAUGAAAACCUUGGUAGCUUCUUGGAAUUUCUCAAGGAACAUGAUGUUAGCCUUCAUGAAGUUGGAGUACAAUCUACUGAUAAUUACUAUGACAAUAAUUACGAAAACAAACAAGAGCGAGCAGGCUUAAAAGGUAUAAACAAGGCAGAACCAGCAAGUUUCCGACUUCAAGUUCUCGGUACUCCAGAAGAACAAAAUAAAUCAGAGGCAGUUGCCAGCGAAACUUUCCUCAAAGUUAGCCUCAUUACCCAAGAGAAGAGAUGCUUGGAGCGCCCAAUAUCUUAGAUGAUUAAUUGCAAGAAGUGUGUCCAUAUUAGCGAAAUGGGUAUAAGUCUUAUUCUCAAAAGGCUCUCACCAUUAGUAAUAUAGCAAUGUCUAGUCUUUGUAUAAGCUAUACUGUAUAUCUUGGUUGCGUAUGCGUAUAUGCUUCAGCAAAUGUAAAUUCCAUAUGUUUGAAAUGUUAAAUGUUCUGCACAUGGCUUCAAUUUAUAGGAAUCUCCGAACAGACAAUGUUAUUCAUAUUUCAU